AUGAGGAACCCGAGGAUCAGUAUUCCCCUUAUAUAUCACCUGGAACCUACCACACAUGCUUUCCGAUGUACUUGUGGUCAACUAGGAAAUAAACCAAUCCCCACGAGCCAAUUUUGUUCCCAGACCUCCUCUGCAAGAGGAGGAUUACUAACUUUCUGCCAUAGUUUGAGGUUGGCGAGUCUUCACAGGAACCAUUCAGAUUCAGGCUCUACUUCACUAGGACACCGAGUGGAAAAACUUGAGGAAGAGAAGAAGGAGGAUGUUGUGGCUAUCCAGACCUUUCAUCAUCAUGUAGGUGCUAACCACACUGAGGAGAACGCCAUGAGUGCUCACAGUAGAGUACUAUCCUACAACACACAGAUCACCAAGAGUCGACUAGCUGCAACAGAGAACCAGGUGAUGGUUGCCACUUAG